AUGGCCAGUGAUAAAGAAAAGUCGAGCGGAGCCGCUGAAGCCAUGGAUACAAACUCGCCUUACUACCUUCAUCCCUCAUACUAUCCUAAACAACUACAGGUCAAUAAGAAUCUGACCGAUUCCAACUACAAAGAUAGGAUUCAAGAAAUGAGUAAUUUCGUGUUUGCCAAGAACAAAAUAGGGUUCGUUGAUGGAACCCUACCCAAACCCGACAAAACCGACGACAAGUAUAUGCCAUGGAUGCGCUGCGAUGCGAUGAUAAAGGGGUGGCUCACCACUGCGAUGGAGAAAGAAAUACGGGCUAGUGUCAAAUACGCAAGUACCACCAUUGAGAUCUGGAAAGAUUUACAGGAGAGGUUCGGAAAGGAAAGCACUCCAAGGACGUAUGAGCUGAAGCAGUCAAUAUCCGCUACUCGACAAGAAGGUGCGUCGGUUUCAUCCUAUUACACCAAGUUACGGGGCUCAUGGGAUGGGAUUGAUUCUGUGCUUCCAAGCCCAAGAUGCGACUGUGGGAAUUGUACGUGCGGGAUCGGAAAGAAGAUCACGGAAUUAAAGGAAAAAGAAAAAAUGUAUGAGUUCCUAAUGGGUCUCAACGCUGAUUUUUUGGUUAUGCGAACCCAGAUACUAGCCACCAAGCCCUUGCUGGGUCUCGGUGAAACGUAUCACCUCGUAGCCGAGGAUGAACAGCAGAGGAUCAUAGCCGUUGGGAACAAACCGCUACCUGUACCAGAUGCUGCUGCGUUUGGAGCCUCACAAACAGGAAAUCAAGAUGGUUAA